AUAUGUAAGUUUGAUAUCAUGAGAACUUACAGCUGAAUGAAAAAAUUAUUAUUCACUGUGAAGAAAUAUUUUCCAAAGUUGUAAAAUUUAGAAUUACUUGUUGGUCAGCUGUUAAUGCUACUUAAAAACUACACAGAGACGUCUUUUCGUAUUUUAUAAAUAUGCUUAGUUUCGCCAUAGCAUCAUGUAUACUGACUUAGAACAUGUAUGUGAAGAACAAAUAGAAAUGUCUAAGCCAAAUGAAGUCAGUGAUUUUGACUUGUUAGCAGAUAGUGGAUACACAGAGGAUAUGUCACAACUGUCACCAGUGAAAAAUGUUGAUAAAUCAGAUUCACAUCUUUGUUGUCCAUCAUUAAACUUCUCUGAUGAUGAAAUGGACCAGAAUUGUAUAGAAAAAAGGAACACUAUAGAAGAUAGUGAUGUAGAGCCUCAGCAUAUUAGGAAUUCAAUUAUAAAAACAGACAUAGAGUUUAUUGAAAGGGAGAUUACUCCUGCAAGGAUUAAGGUGGAGGAAAUCCUGACAAGUGAUGAUGAUAUGUUUUGUACUUGUCCAAUUUUCUGUCUUCCAAGGGAGAUAACAAUGAAAAUAUUUACAUAUUUUACACAACCUGAACUCUGUUGUAAAUUGUCCAGAGUUUGUAAAUCAUGGUAUGACUAUGCAUUUGAUCCUAGCUUAUGGAAAGUUAUUGACCUUCACAACUACCGAAACAUACCAUCUGUGAAUUUAUGUCGUUUAAUUGCAAAAGCUACAAACUUAAGGUCACUUUUAUUGCAUGGAAGAGAAAAUAUUUCAGAAAGUGAGGUUGCUGUUUUUACUGAAUACACAUCCAAUCUUCAACACUUAGAUUUAGGAUUUUGUCAAAAUAUGAAUAUUCCAAUGCUUUCAAUUAUAGUGAACAAAUGUCCCAUGCUUGAAAGUAUUAACUUGGAAGGUGAUACAUGUUUAAAACCUGGAAGUUUACAAAUCCUGAGCAGGUGUGAGCACUUAAAGGAAAUGAAUUUCUCACAUUGUAUUUUAGAAAACAUGGACCUUCAUCAUUUAGCCAAGAAUUUGGAAACUAUAAGAAGUCUCAAUAUAGAUGGAAUUUCUUGGAUUGAUGAUGAACCUGUGAUAUAUUUAUUGCAACAACACAAUGAAUAUUUAACAAAGCUUGUCAUUGAUGGAGCAGAAAUUACAGAUGACUGCUAUGAAUCCAUAGCAAAAUGUUCUUACUUAACCUUAUUUGAGGCAUCAUUUUGUGAAUUGCUAACAGAUAAAAGCCUUGAAUAUCUCCAGAAUUUGAAUAAAUUGAAGAAGUUGCGUUUAAGAAAAGGAACAGAAUUCACAGCAGUUGGUCUGAUGAAUUUCUUCUCAUCUCCUGGAAUCAAACAUUUGACAUCAUUAGACAUGUCAGAAUGCACUGGUUGUGAUGAUAGUUGUGUGUCACAACUAGCUCAAAGCUGUGGAAAGACUUUAAAACAACUAUCAUUAUGUUGGUGCUGGCACAUCACAGAUAGAGGAGCAACUUCAGUGGUUGAUCAUUGCAGAGACCUUGAACUGCUCAAUCUACAAGGUAUUAAAUCGAUGACAGGUGACAGUUUUGCUAGAAUACCAACUGAUAUGCCAUUUUUAACCAUGUUAUGUUUAUCUCACUGUAAUAUGAUUAAAGAUGAGUUAAUUGAGGAUGUUGUUCGACAGAAGAAAAACUUGACUGUUAUUAAUUACUAUGGAGAAACUGUUGUGUUUGAAAAAUCAUGUCACUUGUUAAAAGAUGACUUACAAAACUGAUAUUGAGUUCAUCACUGAAGACCUACAAGAUGAAGAACAGCAAUACAUGUAGUAGCACCGUUACUUUGCUAUAUUGGUUCUUUCAUAAAUUUUACGAUAUAA